ACAAGACACAAUAAUAAUGUUGGUGAAAAUAAUUUUGUUUUGUGUUUUGAUUGUUUUUGGCGAAACAUUUGAAGUAUCUAAUGAAACUCAAAAUGGAACUUCUGAAAAUAAUUUAGUUUAUGCAGUAGUUAUUGAUGCUGGUUCUACUGGAUCCAGAGUUGUUGGUUAUGAAUUUGAAAAACAAGGUGAAGAUCUGAAAUUGCUUCGUGAAGAAUUCCACAAACAACGUCCAGGAUUGUCUAGUUAUGCCAAUAAUCCAGAAUUGGGUGCCCAAAAAAUCAUGGACCUCCUCAACCAAGCCAACAAUUUCGUACCAGACCACAAAAAAACAGAAACAAUUCUCUAUCUAAGGGCAACUGCUGGUCUACGUCUUUUAGGAGAAGAAGUUGCCCAAAAAUUACUUCAGGCAGUCCAAAGACAAUUCGAGAAAACUUCAUAUAAAGUGGAGCAAAAUGCUGCAGGAUUAUUAAGUGGGACUGAUGAAGGGAUAUUUGCAUGGUUUGCUGUCAAUUAUUUUAAAGAAACUUUAGAUAAAAGAACUUAUGCAGCCUUAGAAAUGGGUGGAGGUUCAGCACAAGUAACAUAUGUUCCGCAAUAUAAAUAUGUGAAUUUUUUGAAAAAAGAUAUACAUCCUGUGCCUUAUAAGAAUCUCAAAGUUUUCAGCAAAAGUUUUUUAGGUCUUGGUCUAAAUGCAGCCAGAGAUACAAUGUUCCAAGCAGAUUCUUGGAACAAAAUUGAAGAAGGACAAACAGUCUUCAGUAGAUGUUUUCAUCCACAAAUCAAAAACGUUGAAUUUGAAUUUAACAAUAAAAAGUAUUACAUCAGUGGAAAACCAGGUGAUUUAAGAAAUAAUCGACCAAACAUGUAUUCGUGCAGAUAUUAUGUCAUAAAAUAUAUUUUGCCAAAAAUUCAGCCAAAACCUUUGGGUUUGUGUGAAGAAGAUUCUGUGGCUUUGAGUGCUUUUUAUUAUAGAGGACGAGCUGCUGAAUUAAUCGUUGGUUCAAGUGGCAAAAUUUGUUUAGGUGAUUUAUGGAGAAAAGCUGAUAUGGAAUGUGCAAAACCUAAUGAGAAAGAUCCAUUCUUAUGUAUGGAUAUGAUUUAUAUGUACACUUUGCUUAAAAAUGGAUAUGGACUCAGAGAUACUAAUUAUCUAGAAAUGAUCCUAAAUAUUGACAACCACGAACUAUCCUGGGCCUUGGGUUUUGCUUACAGUAAACUAAUUGAAAAAAUACAAAAUUAG